AUGUCUUUCCUCCUCCGCACUUCUACUCUUGUCCGCCAGAGGCUUUUCACCACCUCAACACGUGCUCGUGGCGCCAUCUCCAUGGAAGAUGUUGCUGCAGCACAGAUGACAUCCACCCCUGGUGCCAGUGUCGUCCCAAGGCUUGGAAAGGUAGCAAAAUGGUACCUGCCUACUAUGGCCGCUGUAGCUGUUGGCUUUGGCGUGACCAAUGCACUUAAUGAGGCCAACCGCAAGGUUCACUCUGCACUUGAACUCACCCAGGAACAAAAGAACCAGAUGCUCAUGGACUCUUACGGCGAGCGCUCAAGCUUGGAAGACAUGGAGAGGGCCAUUGCUGGAAUGGAGGCUAAGAUGACUGCCAAGAAGGACAGGAGAAGGAUUCUCGAAGAGGCCUACGGCGACAAGGCCAGCCUUGCGGACCUUCAGAGGGCCAUGGAGCUCUACGAGGUGCAGUGA